UAAAAGGGAGAAAGAAACCUAAGACAUAGGAUUAUUCAUUCACUCACUUGCUAAUGACAAUGUCUCGUCGUCACUCCGAUUCCAAGCGACGCCAUUCCAGAUUCGAUCCGCAACCCAGCCCAAAGAGAUACAGAAAAGAUGCAUAUGGAAAAGAAGAGAAAGAGAGAGUGGAAAACAGCGCUAACGUACACAAUGGAGACCACCGGCGGCUGAAUGAACCAAAUCAUCAGCGUGCACCUCAUCCCACUCAACAAGAGAAACGAGGUAGCAUUGCGCAGGUUGGCCAAAGCUCAGGUCAAAGGAAAGCAGGUGAGCGUGGAUGGUGGAAGGACACAAGAAAGCAAUUUAAUGAAAGAGCAGAGACAAGUCACCGUAGAGAACAGAGAGAUGAUAAAUCACAAGCUAAACCAGAUGAUAAUACUUUCCAGAGAAGAGAUGAUUUUUCUGAAAGGAAAGAUGAUCCACUUCCUACCUCAAGGAAAAGACCUGCAUUUAGGGAGAAGAGGAUUCCAGUGGAAUCAGGAGAUGUUAAUCUGGUUGUAGGAAGGAAUGACAGGAAGAAGGAGGAAAGAAGCAACAAUCCACAGCAUUUGGGUAGACCUGAGAAGCCUUUUGCAGAUGACAGAGCACCUAACAAGGUUGGAGGUAGGAGAGAUGGGUUUCCAUCAAGAGGAAGAAGGUAUGGGGGCAAUGACAGUUACAGGGGAAGAGAUAAAUUUAAUGGAAGACAUGGUUAUCCUCUGGAUAAAAUUCAAACUGAGAAGUGGAAGCAUGAUUUGUAUCAAGAUGUAAGUAAGGAUCCUAUUCCGCAGAAUGAGGAUGAUAAGAUUGCAAAGCUGGAAGCACUCUUGGCUUCAUAGUAGCAAACAGCAGGCAAUAUUUCUGAGAUCUUAGAUCGUGCCUAUCGACUUGUAGAUUUUGGGACAACUUCCGCAGACGCUUUAGUUGUGUAAUUUGUAAGCAUGUGUUGCUGUAAGCUGCUGAGUCUGUCUCUGUAUCAAGUUAUUGCCAUCUUCAAAAUGCCAGGGAUGUUAAGCAGAACAGCUUUCAGUUUUAUAGAAGCCAACUGGAUUCAAUCCUCGUUGUUUGAGACAGACAGACUUUGAAAGUGAAAUUACCUUGGCUUUACUCAGAGCAAAUUGCAAUUGAAAUUCUCGAGUUUUCCUAAACUAUCAACCUUUUUGCCUGUUUUAGACAAUCCCUAGUUUGCAGGUAUGUCAAUGUCUAGGAUUUGUAUUUUGGUCUAUUUAUGUGUAACCCUCCAAGUAUGUCAAUGUCGUGAUUGGGUUGAAUUGGAGAGGGAAGUAUAUCAGUUUUCAUAACAGGACCUGGUAAAAGCCUCUACAUUUAGGAACAAAUUAACCAUUUUAGGAACAAAUAGCUACAAGUUACG